AAUGUGUUACAAAACGAAUUUCUCCACGUAAAGUAUCAAUAAGUUAUUUUGAAAAUGCAGGCGUUUACAACAAAGUCUUUCUCUAGUUUAAUUAGAGCGCGACUUACCGAAUUCUUCCCUCGUCAACAUUAUGUGACCCGCAAGAGGUUUUACCGCAACACUGGCAUCGUCCAGAGCGACAGUAAGUGGGAGGUGACGCUGGACCACCGGCGGUUGAAGACGCCGAACGGCCACAUGCUGUCGGUGAGCAGCGAGCCGCUGGCGCGCGCCGUCGCCGCCGAGUGGGACGCGCAGGUCGAACACAUCACACAGCCCACCAUGCAUCUGACAGCUUUGUGCAAUACAGCCAUAGACAACCCUGGGAAGUUGGCUUCACAUGACAUUGCUAGUUAUUUACUUGACUUUCUACCUACAGACACACUCCUAUUUCAUUCAGAGGAAGAAGAGGAAUUAAGAGCACUGCAAGCAGAAAAAUGGACACCAGUACUAGAAUGGUUCCAAAAGAGAUUCAAUGUUACCCAAGAGACAUCCAAGGACUUGGCACUCCCUCCUGUGGCUACGGAGACCCGGGCAGUGCUGGCACGAUACUUCCUGUCAUUUGACUUCCCUGCACUUAAUGCAAUGAAUUUCGGCGUAGAAGCCCUGAAGUCCCCCAUACUGAUGAUAGCGUGCGUGGAGCGUCACCUGGAGCCGAAAGAAGCAGUGUUGCUGUGCCGUCUCGAGGAAGAGUACCAGCUGUCUCGGUGGGGUCGAGUUCCCUGGGCGCACGAGCUGAGCCAAGCGGAGCUGACGGCGCGCGUGGCGGCCGCGCUGCUGGCGGUCGCGGGCGCGGGCGAGGCGCACUCCGCGCGCGCCAAGGCCGCGCCGCCGGAGACCGCCUAGCCCUG